AUGGCGAGAAUCGACGAGACGAGAGUUUACAAUUGGUACAUCUCCCUCGUCGCCGCCUCGUGCAUGGUCCUCUACGGCUACGAUGCCUCCGUCUACAACGCCGUCCAAGGCAGCGACAACUGGGUCGCGUACUUCAAUGAUCCCGAUGCGAAUAUCAUCGGCGCAGUGAAUACUUCUUACACGGUUGGAGCCAUCGUGGCGGGGUUCUUUAUUGGUGGCCCGGUUGCGGAUUACUUUGGACGGAGGGUGGGCAUGGCUGCUGGGGCGGCUUGUGUUGUUGUUGCGACUUUUAUGCAAACGUUCUCGCCGAGGGGUCAGAUUGGCUGCUUCAUUGCUGGGAGGGUGGUGAUUGGUAUUGGACAGGGGUUAGCGCUCACUGGCAGCAUCUAUAUCGGCGAAUGUUGCCCUCCUGAGAUCCGUGGAACCAUCAUGACAUUCUGGCAACUCUUCUACUCUGUAGGGUCCUUUAUCGCCUACUGGAUCAAUUUCGCCUGCUCCAAACACGUCGAAGAGCUCGGCGAAUGGGACUGGAAGAUGGUGGUGAUCUUUCAACUCAUGAUGCCGGUCCUCAUCCUUGCACAAGUCUUCUUCACGCCCGAGACGCCUCGCUGGCUAGUGAAGAAAGGCAAGAUCGAGCAGGCCAGGGCUGGUCUUCGUAGGAUUCGGCCAACGGAGCAGGAUGUCGAGGAUGAAGUUCUCGUCAUACGCGAGGCGUUGGAGUUUGAGAAAGAGGCUAUCUCGUCGUCGUACUCGGCCCUCUGGAAGGAUCGAUCCGUUCGCAAGCGGCUGCUGUUGGCGGUUAUCCUCAAUGCUGGACAGCAACUCACUGGUCAGGGGUCUUUGAACACUUAUAGCACGAUCGUGUACAAGAAGGUUUUCAAGAGUGACUCCACAAUUGCGUUGAUCAACGCCCUGAACGCUACCUUGGGCAUCAUUUUCACGCUCAAUGCCAUCUGGUCUGACCGGUUUGGUCGAAGGUUCCUCUUCAUCGUUGGUGCCAUUGGAAUGGGCGUUUGCAUGAUCAUCGUGGCCUCAGUCGAGACCCAGACUCCGAAUCUGGCGGAUGGUAGCAAGUCCAAAUCCGUGGCAAUAUCGAUCGUGUUCCUGCUGUUUCUCUUCAUCUUCUUCUAUAAGCCGACGUGGGGAGCUACAGUCUGGAUUUGGACUUCAGAAGUCUUCUCGAUGAACGUUCGCGCACAAGCCGUCGGCAUGGCAUCCCAGACCCAGAACGUAGCCCAGGCUAUCGUUGGUCAGUUCUUUCCGAUCUUUCUAAAGAACUGUGGCUUCUAUGCCUUUUACAUGUUUGCCGGCAUCAACUUCCUGUUAGCAGUCUUCGUCUGGUUCUUCAUACCAGAGACUCGUAAAGUGCUGCUGGAGGAGAUGGACACGAAAUUUGGUGGUUCUAACCAUGUGGAGAAGGGAGGGAAUCUCAUGGGUGUGGCAGACGCUCAUCAUGCAGAGAUCGACCUUGAUAAGAAGGAGCCACACGCAGAGCAUGUGAGAGAGGUCAGAUUGUGA